AUGACUUCACCGAGGGACCCCCACUCCAAGAGCUACUCACACGUCAACGGUUCCAUGUCUGAGCUGCUCGACCGUCUCACCGUCACUGAGCUCUGCAAAGGCUGGCCCGUGUACCGUGAUGCCUCCGAGUGGAAAAACUACCGCUCUCUCUUCACCGACGAUGCCACGGUCUGGACGACGUGGAGUGGGCCCCGGCAUGUCGACGACUUCAUCUCCAUCUCCAAGGCGGGCAAGGAGCAAGGCGUCUUCAUCAUGCACCGUGAGUGCGGCACGCUCGCAGAGCUUAGUGCCGAGCAUGGCCGAGCCGUUGGGAAGAUGAAGGCCACCAUCACGCACCGCUUCACCGUCUCGCCGUCAGAUGGCAAGCGGGACGGCAGCGAGGGCUCCCAGUUCGACGUCGACUGCGACUGCCGUUUCAUCUUCUUCUGCGAAAAGGUUCCCCAGGGCGACGGCAGCACCAGUGUGUGGAAGGCGCGCUAUGUCAAACUGUUCUACGAGAAGGACAAGGUCGUACCCGCAGACGGUUACACGGCACCACGCUUCACCAGCGAUGAGCUGGCGCCGUACCCCGAGGGCUACCGCUACCUCGGCGCCGCGCAGGCGAGAUUGGGGUACGAGAUCGACCUGCGCUUGCCGACGGCCCGAGACUUGGACUUGUGGGACCGCAUGUAUGGGGAGAUAGAGAAGUGGCUCGACGGAAAAGCCGUCGACCUCUUUUGGGAGGGCAAGGAGGUACCUACCCUGUAG